GCGUUAUCUAGUGAAACCUAAACCGGCAGCGGGCCCGUAUUCGGUGGGCCACUCUCUUCUGGUACAACAAUAUGAAAGGGGAAACGGAGACCAUGUCCAAAAGGGAGCCCUCCAACGGGCACAGCAGGCCCCUGGACAUCGUGCCCAGUACGGAGGAGAAGAUGACGGAGCGGGGUCAGUGGGGCAACAAGAUCGAGUUCAUUCUGUCAGUGGCGGGAGAAAUUAUUGGCCUGGGAAACGUGUGGCGCUUCCCCUACCUGUGUUAUAAGAACGGAGGAGGCGCCUUCUUCAUCCCAUACUUCAUCUUCCUGUUUGCUUGUGGGAUCCCGGUCUUCUUCCUGGAGACGUCUCUGGGUCAGUUCACCAGCGAGGGAGGCGUCACCUGCUGGAGGAAGAUAUGCCCCUUGUUUGAAGGAGUGGGGUACGCCACCCAGGUGAUUGCCGGCCUGCUUAACAUCUACUACAUCGUGGUGUUAGCCUGGGCGCUCUUCUACCUGUCCAACUGCUUCACCUGGGAUCUGCCCUGGGCCUCCUGCAACAACACCUGGAACACCGAUUCUUGUAUGGAAUUUCAGAGAGGGAAUAGCUCCAUCAAUCACCAUGAGAACACCACCUCUCCUGUCAUUGAGUUCUGGGAGCGAAGAGUCCUGAGGAUUUCCUCGGGCAUCGAGCACAUUGGCACUCUGAAUGGGGACCUGGUCAUCUGUCUGGCCGUCGCGUGGGUCAUCUGCUACUUCUGCAUCUGGAAGGGCGUCAAGUCGACUGGCAAGGUGGUUUACUUCACCGCCACCUUCCCUUACAUCAUGCUGGUGGUGCUGCUGAUCCGAGGGGUCACGCUGCCGGGGGCCUCCACCGGAAUCCACUACUACCUCUACCCAGACCUGGACCGCCUGUCUGACCCUCAGGUAUGGAUGGAUGCUGGAACUCAGAUCUUCUUCUCCUACGCCAUCUGCCUGGGUUGCCUCACCGCCCUGGGAAGCUACAACAAAUACAACAACAACUGCUACAGGGAUUGCCUGUCCCUGUGUUUCCUGAACAGUGGUACCAGUUUCAUUGCAGGAUUUGCCAUCUUCUCCAUCCUCGGCUUCAUGGCCAACGAGCAGAACGUGCCCAUCUCAGAAGUGGCUGAAUCUGGUCCGGGUCUGGCCUUCAUAGCGUAUCCUCGUGCCGUGUCCAUGAUGCCGUUCGCCCCUCUGUGGGCCUGCUGCUUCUUCACCAUGAUCGUCUUUCUGGGGCUGGACAGUCAGUUUGUGUGUGUGGAGAGCCUGGUGACCGCCAUGGUGGACAUGUAUCCCUCCACCUUCCGGCGCAAGCACCGCAGGGAGCUCUUAAUCCUGGCCGUGGCCGUGGUGUCCUUCCUCUUGGGGCUCAUCAUGCUGACAGAGGGCGGCAUGUACAUCUUCCAGCUCUUUGACUACUACGCCGCCAGCGGCAUGUGCCUGCUCUUCGUGGCCGUUUUUGAGACCGUUUGCAUCGCUUGGAUUUAUGGUGCCGACCGUUUCUAUGACAACAUAGAGGACAUGAUUGGUUAUCGCCCCAGCCCUGUCAUCAAGUACUGCUGGAUGUACUUCACCCCUGCAACAUGCUUGGGAACGUUUGUGUUUGCCUUGAUCAAGUACACUCCUCUGAAGUACAACAAUGACUACGUAUACCCAUGGUGGGGCAAUGGGAUAGGCUGGAUCCUGGCCCUGUCCUCCAUGAUGUGCAUCCCUGUCUGGAUAGCAGUGAAGCUGUACUACACCCCGGGGACAAUGAGAGAGCGCCUCGUUUUCUUGACCACGCCUUCCACCGAGUUGCCGAAGACGAAGAAGGAACAGGAGAAGCUGCUGGCCGUCUUCGCGGCCGACGGCGACAGCCUCAACCAGAGGUCCCCGCCCACGAAGGACGGCUACAUCCCCGUCGACGAGAAGGAGUCUCACUGCUAGAGACUCGAGGGUUGGAAUCAGAGCCUCGGGGUCAAAAGGUCACUCCUCAGCUUUCGCACUCUGUCGGGCCCAUCCCAACUCUCUCCGCAAUACCUCACCAGACAAGGUGGCGAAGCGGGCACGGUGCAGACUUUAAGAGUCGCCAUCGACCCGUCGCUGCUUCUCUGCUGCUUUCUGAGCUUUUCUCUCAAGUACACUGCCUUCAGUGUGACGGCAUCAGGAUUGUUACUUAGAGAGUCACACUAGUUGGUUACCAUCUCGUUUGCCAGUGGCAGGGUCUCACAUAAGCUUGAAGAAAUGAGAAAAAAAAUGUGGCCAUUGUUGUGACACAGUGGCUAAGAAUUUACUUUUGAUUGUGUCUGCUUUCUAAGGAAGCAUUUUGUUUCUUCUCUCUCUCUUAUGGACAUCUCUAAUGUUCAGUUAGGUUGACAUGACAUUCCAGUUACUUCAUUGUAAAAGUGUAAUUCCAUCAAAUCGAUCCACGUUAUCAUCUCAGGAUGUAAGAUUUUCUAAUGAAAACAAAUCCUACAAAACAUACUAAUAAUCAAGCUUCACAACUCAAUAAUUUGAUUUUUAAAUGUAUAUGUAGCCGAACUGACGACUCAACUCAAUGAACUUUGUUCUUCUGUUUUUUUGGUGGGGUUUUCAGAUUAAUGUUAUAAUGCUCAUUUUUUUCUUUUGCUGAACAUUGCACAGUUGCAUGAAUAUGUCUUGUGCUUAUUUUUCCUGAAUGUUUACAUGAUUUUAAUUUAGUUGAUUUCGCCUUAUCCCUAAUGUAUUGAAUUGUAUGGAAUUAAAAUGUAUAAAGUGCCUGAAGGGGACAGUUGUGCCAUUUAGAUAAUAUGAGCAGGGCAGGCUGGUUGAUCUCUCUUUCUGCUUUAUAAUAAUAAAUGUGCGCAUGUUUUUUUUAGAUGUGUGUAUGGUCCAUUAUUGCUGAUAGGGAAUACUUUUACAACCUUAACUUUUUUAUGCUAAAAUUAUUUUUUAUGGCUGAAUAAAAAAUAAAUGAAUUUGAUAUUUGAAUGCGUGUUUAUAUAUUGUUUUCGAGUUAUGUUUAUAAUUUUGGGACAUUAAAUACUAAUGUAAAAUCUUA